ACUCCUCCAACAAUCUCUCUUGUUUACAUACAAAUCUCCCCCAAAAGCUCGACUCUACUCACCAACCCCCCACCUGUCUCCAAUGUCUUCUGAGACCUCCGCCGCCGUCAUUUCGUCCGCAUUCACCGCCGCACCGUACCCAGAUUCAAAGAAACCAAUCGGGUCGAUCCGGUUCCAACCACUCCCUCUCUCCCCCUCGUACUGUAAGGUUUCAUCUAGAAUCUGUGCCAUGGCCAAACCAAAUGAUUCAGAGACUCUGUCUUUAUCAGUGGAUACUUCACUUAGCCCUCGUGUCAAAUCCUUAAAACCCUCCAAGACUAUGGUUAUUACCGAUCUUGCCUCCACUCUUGUUCAGUCCGGUGUUCCCGUUAUCAGACUCGCUGCUGGAGAACCUGAUUUCGAUACACCUCAAAUCGUAGCUGAGGCUGGGAUCAAUGCGAUUCGAGAUGGUUUCACUAGGUAUUCGCUGAAUGCAGGUAUUACAGAACUUAGAGAAGCGAUCUGUCGCAAGCUAGAAGAGGAAAAUGGAUUGUCUUAUGCACCGGAUCAGAUCUUGGUUAGCAAUGGAGCUAAGCAAAGUCUCUUACAAGCAGUGCUUGCUGUUUGCUCUCCUGGAGAUGAAGUUAUAAUUCCAGCACCGUAUUGGGUAAGUUACACUGAACAGGCGAGACUGGCGGAUGCAACACCUGUGAUUAUUCCUACCAAGAUCUCUGAUAACUUCUUGUUGGAUCCAAAGGAUCUUGAGUCUAAACUGACUGAAAAAUCUAGACUUCUUAUCCUCUGCUCUCCUUCGAACCCUACUGGAUCUGUUUACCCCAAGAGUUUGCUUGAAGAGAUUGCACGGAUCGUUGCUAAACACCCAAAGCUUAUGGUGUUAUCAGAUGAAAUAUAUGAACACAUUAUAUAUGCGCCUGCAACUCACACAAGCUUUGCUUCUUUGCCUAACAUGUAUGAAAGAACUUUGACAGUAAACGGUUUCUCCAAGGCUUUCGCUAUGACGGGUUGGAGGCUUGGAUACCUCGCUGGUCCUAAACAUAUAGUGGCAGCUUGCAGUAAAUUACAAGGACAGGUUAGUUCAGGAGCUAGUAGCAUUGCUCAGAAGGCAGGUGUUGCUGCACUUGGGUUAGGAAAAGCUGGAGGAGAGACUGUAGCUGAGAUGGUGAAAGCAUACAGAGAGAGACGAGAUUUCUUGGUUAAAAACUUUCGUGAAAUGGAAGGUGUUAAGAUCUCUGAACCUCAGGGAGCCUUUUAUCUCUUUAUUGACUUCAGUGCUUACUACGGAUCAGAAGCUGAAGGUUUUGGUUUGAUCAAGGACUCAUCAUCUCUUGCAUUAUACUUUCUUGACAAGUUUCAGGUUGCAAUGGUUCCUGGAGAUGCUUUUGGGGACGAUACUUGUAUUAGGAUUUCAUACGCCACAUCUCUCGACGUUCUACGAGCUGCAGUUGUGAAGAUCAAGAAAGCUCUUGAGCCACUCCGUGCCACUGUCUCCGUGUAACGGUUCGGACACACAAAAAAAUGUGUUUUUGAUCGUUUAUAUGAUGUUGUAAACUAUAUCUACCUUGUCUUCAAUCCAAUAAAAGAACUCUUUGUCUAAGGCUUUGUUCCAUCAAGUUUAUGCUUCAUGUAACCAUAAACCAUUGUAAAUCAUUUAUUAAGACUAAAGUUUAUACA